UGCUUGCAACAAACGAUGUACAGCACGUGGGCUGCGGCCAAGCUGUCAAUACCACCGUAGUCGGACGCAGGCUAAAUAAGUGGUGCUACACUGCUACUCACCUGCCAAAUGGGACGGAAGACCCGCGACACGAGGAGCUUGUGGUAUGACACGAGAGGUUGGAGUCAGAUAGCAUAAAGGUGUCGCGAACUCCCGCCGGCGUAGAUUCCGAAAAUCAGACUCUCGAUACGCUUGCUCCAUCGGACAACAUGCUUCUCUCCCAUAAGACCCUACUCGGCCUACUAGCCUCUACGGCUGCCGUUAUUGCGGCGCCUACAUCUUUUGAGAAGCGAGCUGUUAUCAACCACGAUGCAGUAGUGGGAUUCCCACAGACAGUGCCUAGUGGACUGACGGGACAGCUGUACUUGAAGUACAAGCCUUAUUUGAAGGUCGACAAUGGAUGUGUGCCAUUCCCAGCUGUGGAUUCGAGUGGAAAUACUGGGGGCGGUCUCAACCCAACCGGAGGCUCUUCAGAAGGCUGCUCCUCCAGCACCGGCCAGGUCUACGCUCGUGGAGGCACGUACAACGGAAACUAUGCAAUCAUGUAUUCUUGGUACAUGCCCAAGGAUUCUCCAUCCACUGGUCUUGGACAUCGCCACGAUUGGGAGAAUGUGGUAGUUUGGCUCUCAUCUGCAUCUACUUCCGCGACCUUGAGAGGCGUCUCAGCAAGUGCGCAUGGCGACUAUGACGCGAACACCAGUCCAAACUUGAGUGGAAACAGCCCAUUGAUCAGAUAUUUCUCCAUCUUCCCAGUGAAUCAUCAGCUUGGAUUCACGAGUACGCAAGGUGGACAGCAGCCGCUGAUCGCUUAUGAGAGCUUGACUUCUGCUGCGAGAACAGCGUUGGAGAACACGGAUUUCGGAAGUGCGAACGUGCCUUUCAAGGACGCAAACUUCCAGAACAAUUUGGCAAAAGCGGCUCUAUAGAUCAUUGCGUAGAAUGUGAAGUGGGCACGGGACCGUUUGCUAGCUGCGCGAGGCAAAGUCAAGCUGGCAGCACGCAUGACAACAAACGAUCUUGACACUUCUGACAUUUCUUCGAACCAACUCAUCUCACGUUUACACCCGUUGUUUACCUCACUGACUAUACUCAACGACUUCGACCAUUCCAGCGCUCCAAUGCCUCUCUUUCCAUCCGAGUCACAGGCCCAGCCCAUCAAAGGUCGCCGCUCUAAGCGCGUCGCAACACAAACAGACACCCGAGACCACGGAGCGACUGCAGCAAUCGAGCUAGUGCAGCGUGCGAAUAAAUUACAGACCGAACUGCGCGCUUCCGAUUCGAAAGGACAAGAUGAGAUGCUUUGGGGCACUUCCGACCUCGACCACACGGAUGAAGAAGGAUUAAGAUUCGCAGGCUAUCGCGGUCAAACCUUCUUCGAGCAACUCGAUCGCGAUACCAAUGGGCGGGCGAUGGAGAUCUGUGUCUGUAAGCACAAAGUCAGCAGUGAGGGUGAAGACGUGGAAGCCGAGGA